AUGAACGACGUACAUGAAUCAACAAUUUUUUCAACAGAUUUAGAAAAUCAUCAUGACGAAUUGCUAACAGAUGCUGAAAAAGAUAUUUUAACGCUCCCUAUAGAUCUAUCAGUUGAACCUGUCUAUCUAUCACAUGAAUAUUCAGAUGUUAUCAACACAGUAACCAGAAAAUCAUUACCUUCUAUACAAAAUAUUUUUCGAAAUUUAUCUGGUAUAUUUUAUUCAUUAGCAGCAUCAUUUUUAUUUACAUGUUCAACAUUUGUCGCUAAACAAUUACAAAUUGAUUUACUUGACGCAAUACUAUUACGUUUUACAUUACAAACAGUGACCGCUAUCACAUUUAUUAUUUACAAAAAAUAUUCAAUUUUUAGUGGUACGAAAAAACAGCUAUUAUUGCAAUUUGUGUGUUGUUUGUCAGGAGCAGGUGGAUUUAUGGCCUUCUUUGUUGGUUAUCGAUAUAUACCAUUACCAGAUUUAACAACACUACUAUAUACAAGGGUCAUUUGGACAUUAGUGUUAACUAGUAUUAUUUAUCGUGAAAAACCAUCAAUUACAAUUUUGGGUGCCAUACCAUUAACAAUUCUAGGAGUGAUUUUUGUUGCACAACCAUCGUUUCUAUUCAAAAAUAAAAUACCUCAAGUAUCAAAUAUGACAUUUAAUUCUACCAUAACUGUAACAGAUUCAUCAAACCAUCGUUAUAUUGGUUUUUCAAUUGGACUAUUUUGUGCUUUAUCAUCGUCCGUCAAUAUUAUCUUAUUUAAAAAACUUGUGACAUGUAAAAUAAAACCGAGCAUAAUGAUGUUUCAAUUUGCAACUGUAGCCUUAAUCAUUUUAAUUAUAAAUCAAUUCUAUAAAUAUUUUAUCGAACAUAAAGUAAUAGUUUUAUUAAAAUGGCAAUUUAUAUUUGCAUCAUUCAUAUGUUUAUUACAAAUUCUAGCAGCAAUAUUAGUUCAAAAAGCGAUUAAACGUGAAAAUCCAUCUAUAUUUACCAUUGUAUGUAGUAGUGAUAUUAUCUAUGCGAUUAUAUUACAAAAUUUGUUUACGAAUAUGAAAUCAAAUUUAUUCGCUUUAUUAGGUUCGUUAUUGGUUAUUAGUGGUGUCUUAUUGGUCGGUGGAUAUAAGUUGUUUAAGACUAAAUGUAAAAAGGACAAGAAUUAA